UACCGCGGGGCGCCUCGCCUAAAAGGCUUCACCCUCCCGCCCGGUCCCGCAGGGCACAUGGCCCCGACCGACCACUGCUCGUGCAAAACAGGACGACAGCUGACAAGGCGCACCGCAGUCAGGCUGGAAGCCUUCACCCGUCCACGGCCGUUCAGACGUUCAGAAUCCAUUGGGAAGUCGAGUCGGUAUCGAGCCUUGUCCCGUGCAGUUGCGUUUGCGUCAUUGUGUCCAUCCGCGCGGUAGCUAUCAGUGGGUCAGUGUCGAUGUCGGUGGUUGCUAGUCGCUUGUCCCUUUUCCGCCUCAGAAUCACUUCCGCCGUGCAAAGUGUCGUUUAGAUUUCAAAUCCGAUCAGAAAACGGACUCCUCGCCAGCGAAGCAGCAUCCAAGGACCUUUCGCCAGGACAUGUCCGAAAAACAAAUGGAGGACCUGCGACAGAUCUGCCUCAUCUGCGGCUGCCACACCAGCCAAAUCAUUAACGUUUUCGAGCCCCGCAACGGACCCAAUAUCGUCGAGCUAAUCCAGGCCAAAUUCAAAUUUCAGCCCGUGAACGAGGACAAGUACCUGUGCUACAGUUGCAACAAUUGGCUAAUAAACUGGCACUCACUGCGAAACCUCAACAAAGAUCCGGUCGAGAGUCAAUCAGACAAAUCCCGAUCCAGAUUACACGAAUCCAUGCCACAAGGAGCGGAUCGCGUUUCAAUUUCCUCCUCAGCAAAUAGAAAUCAGAAGCCUGCGCAACCCAAUGAAGAGUUCGACGAUAAUCUUCACAGAAACAAAAAACGCAAUGGAUUUUAUUUUCCUAAGCGUCCCCUGCUCACUAGUUUACGAAUAGGAAAAAUCAAAGACAAAUCCCGUACCUGCUCGAUAUGCGGGCGUUCAAUACGCAAACGUCCUCGCAAGACCUCAAAGAUGCAGAAACCUGUUCGCAGCAAGAUGCGUUGCAAGCGCUGCACGAGAUUAGGAACGGAUAAUCUCCAUUUGCGAAGGACGAGUUCGUCUAUUUCCAGGAAUGCUCAUCACCUUUACAACAUAGUCAAUUUCUCUCGGAAUCCACUACCUGCGCUGGAUAGGAGCCUUGUAGCUAGAUUACAACGUCUAGGCACCACUUUGAGAUGGGAGUCGGAACCCUACAAUGGAAUCACACGGUCCGAAACCUCUUUUAGAAUCCAUAGGACCGAGUCGAAAGUGAAAUAUGAUACCUGGGGAGAAAAGGUGAACGAGCGAGAUGAGGUUCUGAUCGAUUUCAAUCGAGUAUUGUCGGAAGUAUUUCCUCUGAACUACCACCGCAAAGGUUCCGAGUUAAAUGAGGUGGAAGACACAGCAGGCCACAGGAGCAACGGCGGAGGACGAGUCGGCGUGGAAAAUGAAGAACUGUUACUAGAGGCUCUGGGCUGCAAGUUACCGCAGGGAGUUACAAUUUCUUUAGUCAAUGACGAGCGUCAGAUAAAUUAAUGUAGAUCUUAGGUUUUUUCCCGUCUUGUGUUAGGUAGUUACAAAUUUUCGAGUUUUCUGUUUAAUUUAUAAUACUUUUAUAAAUAACUUAUUAAUUGGAGAAGAAAUGCC